UGCCAUUGCACCAACAACACCAAAACCGUCAAAACCAAGGACAGACACCCUCACACCACCCACCCCCCUUUCUUCCUCUCCCCGGCAUGAUAUCCUUGUAUAUCACUGACAAGGUUAAAUCCUCGCCCACUUCCAAGUCAACGGCCGGGUCUCACUCCCCAAAAGCACCCCGCCACGAAUCCUCCGACUGGUUACCGUCGGUGGAAGAACACCGUCCACAUCCACUUCUCCAAGGCUCAGUUUGUCAUGUUUGAUUCCCAAUGUAACAUCGCCUCGCGGAAGGAGGCAUUCGAAUUUUUUCUUUCCCCCUCUUGCUCAUUUCCCAUCCCAAAAAUCCGGGCGUAUGAACAUGGUAUAUUCCAAGGUUUUGUUCUGGUUUGUCCCCGGUCAUCCCGUCUUACGCCGCCCUCCCCUUCGGCCCGGUGGCUUGCAGCCCGUCUCAUAACAACCACGCGUCUUCUUCCUAUGAGAAUCGAGAUAUGGCAUCACUGCCCCCCGUGCCUUGUGACGGGGAACCCCCAGGACCGCUGCUAUUAUCCGCCCUAGUGAUGGGGGCACGUCACAUUGCACCUAUCUAUUUGCCCCAUGUGUGAGUGACAUGGGUACGAUUGACUUGACAUGGCCGGAUGCUACUCCGCGAUGGAGCAGGAGGUGGAUGGAUGACAGGGUGAGGUAAAUCACCAUCCUUGAGUUCCAGCACACGCACAAACGAUGCCGCCUUAUAUCCCCCACCUCACCAGUACCUCGCCGUAGCUCUCGCCUGGGUGUCCUCCUCGUCGUUCCAUUAACUUACACACAUACACACAUACACACGCGCUCAUUCCUAACAGAGCACCCCCUACUCACAAAAUGAGGUCUUCCAUCCUCUUCCUCUUCCUUGCUGCGCUCUUCGUCGCCCUUGUUGCGGCGCAGACCCCGACGCCGACCGACGCCCCGGAGACAACGACGCCCGCCGAGCAGCCGUCGUCCCCACCGUCGUCGCCAGAGGCCUCGGGGACACCGACGACACCGACCUCGACGGCAGCGCAAGGAACAUCAUCCUCCCCCGCCGGCAGCGGCGGCGGCGGAGGAGACAACAACGGCAGCGGCACGACCGCGAAUCCCUCCAGCACCGCCCCGCCGGACGUCCACCUCAAGGUCCCCGAGCUCUCGGUCGGCCGCAUCGAGCUCGAUGUCGACAACCUUUCGGCCGAGGUCAACCUGGCCGCCGAGAUCGCCAAGCUCGUCACCAUCAACGCCGGCGUCCAGGUCGCCGUCGAAAAGGUCAACAUCACCAUCGUCGACGUCCGCGCCGAGCUCGAGCUCGUCAUCCGCCUCGGCCACCUCGUCGACAUCGUCAACCGCACCCUCGCCUCCCUCGACCUGAACCCCCUGCUCAUCAACCUGCUCGACACCGUCGGGGACGUCGUCGACGACGUCGUGGGCGCCGUCGACGGCCUGCUCGGCUCCAUCGUCAACGGUGACACAAAGAUCAACUUCCUCAUCGACAACCUCGGCAACAUCGUCCAGGAGGUCGCCAACGCCGGCACCACGGCCCUCAGCACCAUCAUCGGCAACUACCAGCAGAACAUGACCCUCUCGGGCUCCCAGAAGGACCUCGGCAACGGUCUCGUGCAGAAGACGUACGAGUACGCCCCGCUCAGCGCCCUCGUCAAUAUCGUCUUCAACACGCUCGGUCAGGUCGUAAGGGCCACAGUGGUCAAGGGCGGGGGAUCGGGCAGCGGCAGCUCCACGGCGUCGGGGACUGCGGCGACGACAGCUGCCCCCACGACGACGGCGGCCGCCAGUGCGUAG